AGCAAAAUUAGUUAUUUCAUGAGCUUCAGUCACAAGCUUUAGCUCAAACUAGCUACAAUCAUGGUUACCAUUCGAGUUUUUGUAACAUUAAUUCUUUGGCUUUUAAAAGGACAUGCUGUAAAUGGUUUGGCAAUUAAUGAAACUAUUUUAGAAACAAAUUCUAACGCAACUCAUUUGGAACCAACAUCAUCAAAUAACAAUAAUCUCUUGUUGAGGUUGGGUAAUAGUUGUUAUAAAUUCCACACAGAUCCACAAAUUUGGAAUGAGGCACGAAAAAUUUGUAUUAGUGAAGGCGGUUAUUUAGCAAUAUUGAAUACAGAUCAAGAAGCUCAAUAUUUAGCAGCUUUAUUAAACGGUCUCUAUCCAGAAUCAAGUUUAGAUGAUUCAAUUCCAGAUAAAUAUUGGACUUUCAUUGGAUUCCAUGCUUAUUUCCAAAAGGGUGAAUACGUAACAAUUGAUGGUUUAAAUAUAGAAAGUUCCGGAUUUAACCAUUUUAGUCCUGGUGAACCAAAUAAUCCAGGUGUUGAAAAUUGUGGAACAAUUGGGCGAAAUGGCCUCUUAAAUGAUUAUUUUUGUGAUCGAAAAUCAAUCUAUAUUUGUGAAAUACCCGCGAAACAAUGAUGGAUGCAACUGGUAAUUAAAAGUAAAUAUAAUGUGUCUCAUUUUGAAUGUAACCAUGUAUGUAGGGGAAGGUGUAGUACCUAGAAUCAAAAUUUACAUUUAAUUGUUUUAGGUGCUUAAAGCCAUGCAAUAAAAUUUUACA